CCCCGCGGUGGGGAGGGGGGCUGGGGCGGAGCGGCCCGCCGGACUGGAGAGCGGGAUCAUGGCCUCGCUGGGCUGGCGCUGGCGGCGCUGCUGCUCGUGGAGAGCGGCCUCGGGGUGCCCCAGGCUCGGCGCCCUGCGGAACCCGCCCGAAGGCCAGGGAUGGCCGGCCCCCGCCCGCCCCGCGACCGGCUCCUGGGGUCAGAUGCUUCAUUUCAGUCUGGUGAGGUGUUUAGUAUCCUGUCCAAAUAGGCACAGUAUAUCACGGUUUCAUCACACAACUCAGGCAGUGGGCUGCUAUAGUGAAACACAGAGUGGUGAAAAAUACACAGACCCUUUUAAGCUUGGUCGGAGAGACCUGACUGAUUUAUACGAAGAUAUUAAAAAGGAAUUAUUGGUAUCUACAACAGAACUUAAGGAAAUGUGUGAAUACUACUUUGAUGGCAGAGGAAAAGCUUUUCGACCAAUUGUCGUGGUGCUAAUGGCCCGAGCUUGCAAUGUUCAUCAUAAUAAUUGCCGUGAUAUGCAAGCAAGUCAGCGUACCAUAGCCUUAAUUGCAGAAAUGAUCCACACCGCUAGUCUGGUUCAUGAUGACAUUAUUGAUGAUGCAAGCUCUCGAAGAGGAAAAGACACAGUUAAUCAGAUCUGGGGUGAAAAGAAGGCUGUUCUUGCUGGUGAUUUUAUUCUUUCUGCAGCUUCUGUAGCUUUGGCACGAAUUGGAAAUACAACCAUCAUUUCUGUUUUAACACAGGUCAUUGAAGACUUGGUGCGUGGUGAAUUUCUUCAACUUGGGUCAAAAGAAAAUGAGAAUGAGAGAUUUGCUCACUACAUUGAAAAGACCUUUAAGAAGACUGCAAGUCUCCUAGCCAACAGUUGUAAAGCAGUCUCCAUUUUAGGAUGCCCUGAUCCAGUGGUUCACGAAAUUGCCUAUCAAUAUGGAAAAAAUGUUGGCAUUGCAUUUCAGUUGAUAGAUGACGUGUUGGAUUUCACUUCAUGUACUGACCAGCUGGGCAAACCAACAGCAUCAGAUCUGAAACUUGGAUUAGCUACUGGUCCAGUCUUAUUUGCUUGUGAGCAGUUCCCAGAAAUGAAUGCAAUGAUAAUGAGACGAUUCAGUUUACCAGGAGAUGUGGAACGUGCUCGGCAAUAUGUAUUGCAAAGUGAAGGUGUGCAACAAACAACCUACCUCGCCCAACAAUACUGCCAUAAAGCAAUCAGGGAGAUCAGUAAACUUCGACCAUCUCCUGAAAGAGACGCCCUCAUCCAACUCACAGAAAUUGUGCUCACAAGAGAUAAAUGACAUCUUUCCAUUUUCUGUGGCAGCUAUUUACCAGACUGUGCCUAAACAAUUUUAUGGAACACUUUUUUUUUUUGCUUCUAGUUCAGACUACCAAAAAUCUUUUUCUUCUUUUUUUUAAAUCAUUUCAACCUUGUUUAUUGGAAAUUUUUAAAAGAGCUUUUUAAAGACAGUUGUAUUGAAGGAAGCCAUAACUAUGUCAUUAAACCAUCUGAAUCUGUCCUGGGUUCUAGUGCUGUAAACUUUAAUGGGGGUACUAUUUGUGUGAUAUUGUUUACAAUGUUAAUAUCCACAUGUAAGGCCACAAGAAGAAUAAAUAAUCAGUGUUUAAAAGA